AUGGCGUUCCUCACAACUGGCUUACUGGAAACCCCACUUCAUUCAUCGACUCAAAAUACCAUCAUCGACUCUUUCUGGGGGCCUGUUCCAAUUCUUCACCGCCGCAGCUUGGAUGGUAUCGACCUCGAAGCGUACUGGAGCUUCUACUUCAAGGAAUGCGAGCAUGCUCUCCAUGAUGGAGGUAGGCAUGUCACUGCUCGGACGCACCAGGACAUCCUCGACAUCGUCGCACUGCUAAGAGAUCACGAGUCACGAGACGACAUUCGGGACUCACUGCGCUCUAAGCUCUCGCGAACCUAUCUAAACGAGGGCGACCUUCUCGACAGUUCGAUUGACCUCGCCGCCCGCCUCUUGUUGAUGAUCGACUUUGGAAAUCUCCAGUAUGGCUUCUCCGGACGACGACAACUUCGCUGGGAUAAGGGGCGUCUAAAAGACUACCUCAAGUCGUACUUUGGUACGCCUCCCGCGUUGGGCCACGAUCGGGUGAAGCUAGAACGUGUCUUCAACGCUUGCAACCUGGGCCGGAUAGCUGGCGUAGAACUCAUCCCAACGGAUAAUCUGAUAGAUCAUCUGCGAUUGACCGAUGACGACACCAAGGUGUACAUUUUCCACCACGCUUCAUUCUUGAAGUGUCAGUCCCGAAGUACAAUCAUGCCAGACGGCUUGGCAGAUGAAACCCUCCGCACCCUCGCUCUUCUAUUCCCACAAUCCGAUCCCCAUACGAGAAAGUGGUUUCGCCAGCUUCCCCCACCCUUCUUGCUCGAUCCGCAAUUGAUACAGUGUGGACACCUCAAAACUGACGACCGUCAAAUCGAACACUUCGUAUUUUGGCAUGACCGACUAGUUAUAUUGAAGCAGAUCUUUGACGAGGCAACACCACGUCAUAUUUCUCAAUGGUGGUAUGACAGGCGAAAUGGAGUGCAAUGGUACACCUUUUGGGUCGCCAUCAUGGUGCUGGGCCUUACGCUCCUAUUUGGGUUGGUGCAGUGCAUUGAAGGCGCCAUGCAGGUCUACGGCACCUUUCAUCCGAAGCAAAGCUGA